GUGCCCUCCUUUCCCUUCCUCUCUCCACUUGGCCUUUGCCCUAAGCCAAGACCUGGCCACCAGGCUGGCUGCAAGGGCCUGCAGAGCCAGCUGCACUUUUUCAGGUAUGGGGGAGGGCCAGGUACCAUGAAGCCAGUGCGGGUCACCACCCUUCUGUGGAUGCUACUGCUGGUGCUCGGGCUCGGGGCCACCCGGAAGGGGUCCCCAGAAGAGGCCUCCUUCUACUAUGGAACCUUCCCUCUUGGCUUCUCCUGGGGAGUGGGCAGUUCUGCCUACCAGACGGAGGGCGCCUGGGACCAGGACGGGAAAGGGCCCAGCAUAUGGGACGUCUUCACACACAGUGGGAAGGGGAAGGUGCUUGGGAAUGAGACAGCAGAUGUAGCCUGUGAUGGCUACUACAAGGUCCAGGAGGAUAUCAUUCUGCUGAGGGAACUGCACGUCAACCACUACCGAUUCUCCCUGUCUUGGCCCCGGCUCCUGCCCACAGGCGUCCGAGCCGAGCAGGUGAACAAGAAGGGAAUCCAAUUCUACAGUGAUCUUAUCGAUGCCCUUCUGAGCAGCAACAUCACCCCCAUCGUGACCUUGCACCACUGGGAUCUGCCGCAGCUGCUCCAGGUCAAAUACGGUGGGUGGCAGAAUGUGAGCAUGGCCAACUACUUCAGAGACUACGCCAACCUGUGCUUUGAGGCCUUUGGGGACCGCGUGAAGCACUGGAUCACAUUCAGUGAUCCUCGGGCAAUGGCAGAAAAAGGCUAUGAGACGGGCUACCAUGCACCGGGCCUGAAGCUCCGAGGCACCGGCCUGUACAAGGCAGCACACCACAUCAUUAAGGCUCACGCCCAAGCCUGGCAUUCUUAUAACACCACGUGGCGCAGCAAGCAGCAAGGUCUGGUGGGAAUUUCACUGAACUGUGACUGGGGGGAACCUGUGGACAUUAGUAACCUCAAGGACAUAGAGGCUGCUGAGAGAUACCUACAGUUCUGUCUGGGCUGGUUUGCCAACCCCAUUUAUGCCGGUGACUACCCCCAAGUCAUGAAGGACUACAUUGGAAGAAAGAGUGCAGAGCAAGGCCUGGAGAUGUCAAGGUUACCAGUGUUCUCACUCCAGGAGAAGAGCUACAUUAAAGGCACAUCUGAUUUCUUGGGAUUAGGUCAUUUUACUACUCGGUACAUCAUGGAAAGGAAGAACCCUUCCCGCCAGGGGCCCAGCUACCAGAAUGAUCGUGACUUGAUAGAGCUGGUUGACCCAAACUGGCCAGAUCUGGGGUCUAAAUGGCUAUAUUCUGUGCCAUGGGGAUUUAGGAGGCUCCUCAACUUUGCUCAGACUCAAUAUGGCGAUCCUCCCAUAUAUGUGAUGGAAAAUGGAGCAUCUCAAAAAUUCCACUGUACUCAAUUAUGUGAUGAGUGGAGAAUUCAGUACCUUAAAGGAUACAUAAAUGAAAUGCUAAAAGCUAUAAAAGAUGGUGCUAAUAUAAAGGGGUAUACUUCCUGGUCUCUGUUGGAUAAGUUUGAAUGGGAGAAAGGAUACUCAGAUAGAUAUGGAUUCUACUAUGUUGAAUUUAACGACAGAAAUAAGCCUCGCUAUCCAAAGGCUUCAGUUCAAUAUUACAAGAAGAUUAUCAUUGCCAAUGGGUUUCCCAAUCCAAGAGAGGUGGAAAGUUGGUACCUCAAAGCUUUGGAAACUUGCUCUAUCAACAAUCAGAGGCUUGCUGCAGGUGAGUCAGUAUGUUUUAAUGUUUUCCUUUAAUAAUUAAACUAAAUAAUUAUACGUAUCAUUAUCAAAAUCUCAAAAUCUGGCUCUACUUGAAGUCAAUCUUCCAAAACUGCUUGUGAUUAAAAUCAAGUUUCUUUGAAGCAAUGUCAAAUUUCUAUUUAUAAGCAUUUUAAAGCAUUUAAUCUACCAUGAAAGAUAAACAUUUUAUCCAUUUUAUCCAUUCAAGUUUUAUCCUUUCAGAAUCAUACCAUAAGACCGGGCGUGGUGGCUCAUGCCUAUAAUCCUAGUGCUUUGGGAGGCUGAGGCAGGUGGAUC